AUGCGCACUUCAGCAUGGCUCCGCUCCCGGCCUGCCUCUCUGUCGACAAUAUUUCUGCUUUCGGGUUAUCUCGCUGGGCAGCUGGACCUCCUUUUCGCCUCCCUGCCAAGCCCACCUCGAAUACGCAAAGAGGCUUGCUGGUUGACGAGGGCGCACGCCUCCUCUAACACGUUUCCGGAGAAAACUCCGCUUUGCCCGACGCUGCCACGAGGUGGCCAUGCUGAGCGCACCGAGGGUCUGCUGUGUCCUAUGCCGGCAGUUGACCCAGUCGUAUGCGGCGCUGGCAUGGCUGGCCAGUGCAAAGCCUGGAGAAGAUCUGCCAGUUCAGUGACCAAGGUGUUCGGCGUUCGCCCAUCGGUCCAAUUUGACGUUCCGGAAGAAGCUCAGACCUUUGGUGUCGUCGAUCACCACGGACAGCGAACGGUCAUCAGAGCACCCGGUGCCAGAAUAUGUCCUAUCCAUACUCCCGUCAAAGUUUCGGAGUGCCUGUUCACCAUGGCAAUACGGGAUUCAGAGAGCGAGAUGGCGUCGCCUCCCGGCUUGCGGACGUUCAGAACCACAUCCUACGCCCACAGAAACCAUUACGAGGUCGAGAUGAUCAAAAAGCCCGGACUUGAACCGGAGACCUUCAUUAUUGUUGUAAGCGGGCGCCGGUUUCUUCGUCCUUGUCCGCGCGAGCGCAAGGUGGUGUGGGUUGAGGGUUGCAAAAAUUUGCAAACGGCUUUGGCAGGGUGGGUCGGGACGGGAGGUCCCUUGCGGUGGAGGUCGGAGCCGACCGCCGCCGACCGAAACGAAGGUAAAUGUCGACGCGGAAUGAGGAUAUGUUACCAGGGCGCCUUUCUUCCCUCAAUGUUGGAAACACCACUGGCUUCUGGACUUGGGUAUUAUGGUAUCGACUUGACUGAAAAGGACAAGUAA